AUGAACCGCGACAAGGUCCUUUCGCCGGGCGCCAUCGACGACCUGAUCGCCGAUGGACAAAAAAUCGUCAUUAUGGACGAGUACGUCCUGAAGCUGGAUGGAUGGCUCGAUAGGCACCCUGGUGGUCGUCUGGUAAUUCUGCACAUGGUUGGAAAAGAUGCGACGGACGAGAUUCAUGCGUAUCACUCGCUCGCAACCUUAAAAACCAUGAAGGCCCUCCGGAUUGGCCGGAAGCCCCCAGGCGUCUGGCUCAACAGGACCCCUCCCAUCCGGGGCGGUGUGUUUGUCAAGCGCGCAGGCUCCAUCGCCGCCUCGGAUUCCGGCCUCUCGUCGGACGCAGAAGUCGGCAGCGUGUCCGCCGACGAGAGCGGUAGCGCCUACAGCCAGAUCGGGUCCGACGCCGACCCGGAGCUGAGCUCGGCCACCUCGCUGAGCUCCGAGGGCAGCGAUGCCGAGGAGCACGUACGCGUCAAGGCUACGGGUUUGGCGCCUCCCACCGGCGGCGUCGCGCGCAAGCGAACAGCGCCCAAAUCGAACGGUGAUGGUGUGGUUGAUGGUGUAGGGGAGAAGAUUCGCAGCGUCGAGGGCGUCGAGGCGGUGGUGCCCACGCUGGCGUCGGAUGGCUCGGAAGCGCCGGAAGGCACCGGCAAGCACGCCUACUCGCAACCCCGUUUCACCGCGGACGGUUACACGGCUUGGGCGGUUCGUCAGGAGAUUGACAAGGAUAGCGCCAUCUACCCCUCCGUCGACCCCGCCGUGCAGCAAAAGAUUAUCACCAAGUACCAGGCCCUGCACCAGCGCGUUCACGAGGAGGGCCACUACGAGUGCAGGUACAUUGAGUAUGGCAAGGAGAUGGCUCGCUACAGCACCUUGUUCGGUGCCUUCCUCGUCGCCCUUUAUUUCAAGUGGUACAUGACAUCGGCCACCUUCCUUGGUCUCUUUUGGCAUCAAAUCAUGUUCACGGCCCACGAUGCCGGCCAUCUCGCCAUUACUCAAAACUUCGUCGCCGACACCUUGAUUGGCAUGUUCAUCGCCGACUUUUGCUGCGGUUUGUCCAUCGGCUGGUGGAAGAGCAGUCACAACGUCCACCAUCUUCUCACCAACCAUCCUGAACAUGAUCCCGAUAUCCAAAACGUGCCUCUCUUCGCCACCUCGCCCGCCUUCUUCGGAUCCCUCCGCUCCAGCUACUACGACUUCGUCUUCCUCUGGGACGCCGCCGCCAACUUCCUCGUGCCCCUCCAGCAAUACACCUACUACCCCGUCCUCGCCAUCGCCCGGUUCAACCUCUACAUCCUCUCCUGGGGCCACGUCCUCUCCGACCGGUCCACCGCCCUCGGCAAGUCCCGGGCCUGGUGGAUCCGCCCGACCGAGAUCUCCUUCAUGGCCAUCUACUGGUUCCUGUUCGGCUACCUCCUCCUCUGGCGCGCCCUCCCCACCUGGACCAUCCGCGUCGCCUUCGUCCUCGUCUCCCACAUCGUCCCCAUGCCCCUCCACAUCCAGAUCAACCUCUCCCACUGGGGCAUGUCCCACUCCGACCUCGGCGAGUCCGAGUCCUUCCCCCAGCGCCAGCUCCGCACCACCAUGGACGUCGACUGCCCCGCCUGGCUCGACUUCAUCCACGGCGGCCUGCAGUUCCAGGCCAUCCACCACCUCUUCCCCGCGUGCCCCGCCACAACCUCCGCCUUCAUGGACGGCAACAAGAAGGUGUUGGGCCGCUUGGGUGACAUUAGCGACCAGGUCAAGAUUCUGGUCGACUGCCAGAAUUACAUGGCCGAAAAUAAUGAAAUGGGUUUGCAUUAG